AUGGACGUGGUGACUGGUGCCAUGGAAAGCCUACUUCCCAAGCUGGGUGAGCUGCUCGUUGGGGAGUACCGCCUACAGAAGGGCGUGAAGAAAGAUGUCGAGUCCCUUGAGAGAGAGAUGAAGAGCAUGCACGCUGCUCUUACAAAGGUGGCCAAGGUGCCAAGGGACCAGCUCGACCAGCAAGUCAAGAUCUGGGCAGAUGAAAUCAGGGAGCUGUCGUACGACGCAGAGGAUGUCGUUGACAAGUUCCUGGUGUCUAUCGAGGGAUCUAAUCCUACAGUCAACUCGAGCAAGCUCAAAGGGCUAAUGGAGAAGAUCACCAGCUUGUUCACCAAAGGCAAGACUCGCCAUCUGAUUGCCAAUGCAAUCAAGGACAUCAAGGACCGUGCCCAAGAGGUGGCUGACCUGCGUGACAGAUGCAAAGUCGACGAUGCUGUUGCCAAUGCAGCUAGCAUAAACAAUACCAUUGAUCCUCGUAUAUUGGCUUUAUACAAGGAUCAGAAAGAUCUCGUUGGCAUUGAAGACGCAAGGGACCAGCUAACCGAGAGGCUUACACAUGAUGAAGGAGAUACGUCAAAUCAGCCGCUCCAGAUAGUCUCUAUUGUUGGACCCGGAGGACUCGGUAAGACAACUCUUGCCAAGGCAGUGUAUGAUAGUCUUCAAACACAAUUUAAUUGCAAGGCUUUUGUUCCGGUGGGUCGAAACCCUAAUGUGAGCAAAGUUCUCAAGGACAUACUCCUGGAACUGGAACUGGGUAACUCUAUGAGUGAUAUAGCCACAUUAGAUGAAAGACAAGUCAUCAACAAACUCCGAGAUCUACUUCAAGAUAAGAGGUACUUUAUUAUUAUCGAUGACAUAUGGGAUUUAAAAGCAUGGGGAAUAAUCAAAUGUGCUUUGUUGGAUAACAAUCGUGGAAGUCGAGUAAUCACAACUACUCGCAUUCUUGAAGUUGCUGCAAAUACCGGCAAUGUCUACAAGCUAGAACCGCUUUCUCCUGAUUUGUCUGAAGAACUAUUCUAUACAAGAUUAUUUGGUGGUAAAGACAAAUGUCCUUACCGAAAAAGGGUUUCCCUCCGCUUUAUAUUAUAA